UUGGUAAAUUAUCACAUUACAAAGGUAAGUAAAAUAGUUGUUAUUCAACGAACCCGCGCUUCCAAUUGUCAACGGAAAACCUGAAGUUGUUCGCACUUGAAUUUAAAUCACAGAAAGAUGAGUUUAUCGCAUGUGUUUACAUACAUGCGUUGGGCAUCUUAUCUCGCAUCAGAGAAUAAUGUGUCUUGCUAGAACGAACCGGCAAGAUGGUAUUAUGUAUUGUUUUUGCUUGAUUACUUGUCACAAAUGUCGAAGACUUCGAAAAAAUUACGCAGUGCCUUUAUUUAGAAGACUGUACAAAUUUAUGUACACCUUGCGGUUAAUCGCCACGAAGUUAAGAUCAAGAUGGCAGACUUUGAUCCAGAGAACUGUGUCAAAUUAUUCAAACUCGACGACAGCGAAACCUCAGAUUCAAGAGAUCCCGAGAGUGUCGUUAUCGUUCCUGCCAGGAAUCAGAAUAUUUUCCAAACGAGUUUGGACCUGGAUAGCAGAGAUUGCGAAGUUAAAACGGACGACUUCGCUUUUCCUAAAGAUUGUGUCAACGUUUUACUUAAGUUCCGAAUGGAGUUGGAAGAAUUGUUCAAUGAUUGCGGCGAUAUUUUAGGCAUAGCCGCUGUUCUAUGGGAAGAUAUUUCGUGCCGGCUUUUCGACAGGGGCUUCCCAGUUACGGGCAAACAAUGCUCGGCCAAAUGGGACGCUCUUUACUCCGAGUAUGUAAACCUUACUCAAAUCGAUGAUGAAAACGAACUGUCGAAAUCGGCGUACUUCGCCGCGUUUGAGGAUUUCUAUAAACUCCGAUCCAAAUACGUGGAUUCGAAAAUAAUGGAAGAUGUGACGGAGUACCUGAGCUCGAGAUCAAAUUCUAGUCCGACUUUUGGUAAUAUUGUUACUCCAGUAAACAAGAAUUCUCAUAGCGAGGCAGCGGGGAAAGUUAAUACUGAAAAGACGAGCCUUGAAUGUGGAGAAGAUUUUUCAAUUACGAGUAGCGACGAUGAACCUAAUCACCAAAUAUUGACCGAGUCGAUCAAUGUGGCUGAGACGAUUCUGGACAAAAAUAUCAAAGAUUCAGAGACAGAGAGGAAAAAGGCAAAACCUGAUGAGAGACAAUCCAAAGCUCAUAGUAAUGUGAGAAAACGGAAGUUGAGUUCGCAAGAUCCAUUGUGGAGGUAUGAGGGCGAUUCGAAACACAUCGUCACCAAAGGUAACGAAGCGAAGGCUAAAAACACAGCCUCGGAUAUCGAAGGUACAAGCGCAUCGUCUUUACAAGAAAAGAACAAUCGUAAAAAGGCCCGAAUUCCUACCGGAGAGGAAAAUUUAGAUGAUAAUCAAACGAUUUUGUACAAUUGCUGGGACGUCGAUUCUACUCAGUGUUUGGUCGACUUGAGAUUAUACAUCGAAAGUGACAAGGAGAAAAAACAGAGUAUACUUAAAAUGUACCGAGGCAUAAACACGUUUAUAAGCCGGAAGAUGUUUCUGCAUGGUUACCAAAUGUCAGGGACAGAUUGUAAACGAAAAUGGGACCAGCUGAUGAGACAGUACAGCAAAGAAGCAAAAAGCGCAUUAAAAAAGAUUUCUGAUAAUCAAAAGCUCGACACAGUGGGCGAAUACUUUUGGCAAAUGGAUAGAGUGUUGAAAAAAUCAGGACUCGAUAGAUCGAAAGGAAGGCCCGACAAAGCAGCGGAAUUUUACUGGAGCGAUGAUUCGAUCAAAACUUUAAUCGGCAUAAGAAUUCCUAUGGAAGAUGCUUUCGCCAUGUUCAAGAGAUAUGUUAUCUUGUGGCAAUACGUCGCGUCCCAAAUGCAGAAGUACAAUUUUUCACCGACUUACAGCGAGUGCUCGGUCAAAUGGAUGGAACUCUGCGAAUGCUACGAAAUUUGUCUAAAGUCUGUAAGCAGCGGAUACGUUAAAAAAGACCAAGUCGAUUGGAACUAUUUCGCAGACAUGCACAGCGGGUUCCAAAUGAACGCUCAGAACACCAAAACGAUAAUACAAUACCUAACGAUGAAUGUCAGUGUGGAAAAUCGGCAAUCGACGCCGAAUGAGUUCAAAGAGAAACUCGUCGAUAAUUCAACUUCUUCUGGACUGCAGGACAGUCCGACUAAAAUUGAAACCGAUGGUGGUUUUCAAGAGACGGUAGCUUCAGAGGAUGAUCAAAAGAUUGUAGACAAGAGCGAAAUUAGCCGCACAGAAGACAUGGCAUCGUCAAAACAGGAAAGAGAAGGAGAUCAAGACUUGUCUGUAAUUAGUGUUGGGGAUAAAAUUCCGGAACACGAAUUCCAGCUGUAUUCGACUGUCAUCAAGGAGAACUCGAAAGGACAAGAAAUCCCAGUAGAAAUUCAACAGACCAAGUUUUUGAGCUCAUUCGGUGAGCACGUAAAGCAAUUCGAGGAGAGUUGGAGAGCCUUUACAGCCCCAGAUUCCAGGAUGCAAAACGUUUUCAAUAGUUUUGUCGCAGACAGGUCAAACACGUGCAAGGAAUGCACGAGUCUCGUCGACGGAGAAGAGAGAAUAAUGCCAUGGUCAAAAGAGGCUACGCUUUCGCUGUUGCGGUUGAAACUUGACAGAGAAAUACAAUUCCAAUGUCCAUCCAUCGACGAUCUAGUUUUGUGGAAGGAUAUCGCUUCUGCGAUGCAGAGGCUUGGUCACAAUGUUUGUUACGAAGCUUGUGCGUCACGCUGGAGUCAUUUGAAGACCGUUUAUAACAGGGAUCGUCAGAAGAUUGGCCACAUAGUCCGCUCAGAGGGUGGAGAGGCGGUAAAGCCGAACAAAAUGGAGAACUUUUGCAACCUUAGAACGAAGAUCAAAUUCGUGUGGAACGAAGAGAUGACAAGAAUGCUGGUCAGACUGCGAUUCUCUAAGGAAAUCAGAGUUAUGAGAAAAUAUGGCAAGCCGAUAGCUGAUGAGAUGAACGCUGCUGGUUAUCAAGUUACGCCGGCGGAGUGUAGUAGGAAAUUCGCCAGCCUGUGUCACACGUACAAGAAAUUACUUCGCCGAAAGGAGUCGGGAGAAAUUGUCAAGUGGCAGCAUUUCCAGCUGAUGGAUGAGUGCUUCAACACGUCAGGAGGUUUGAAUUCUGAAACGAGAAACAGAGAUUCGUCAUUUUUGUGGACCCCCGACAGCGUUCAAAGGCUGAUCAAACUCAAAGCGUUUAUAAUGGAUUCUGCACGACAAUCGAUCCACGAUCGAUCGCUGCCGAUUUGGAGAAGAUUAGCCGAGAUGAUGAAGGUGGAAGGAUUUGAGGUAACGCAGAAGGAAUGCGUCGAGCAAUGGAACUUCUUGACUAAAAUCUACUGGGAAAGCAAGAAAGGAAUCGAAAACGAAUGCUCCUUGGUCGUCGGGGAAUGUUUCAAACUGAUGGACGUAUACAUGAGCAAAUUCGAUGCGGCAAAUGACGAAACAGACUUUGGGAGCAACGAUAUUGACAAUGUGAUGGAACAGCCUGUCGACUUUAGUAUUGCAAAGAAGAAAGAGACACGGGAUAAAGAAUGCGAACACAUUGAGAUGAUGAAUCCGGACAGAGAAAUUUCAAGGCACGAGAGGAAAAAUUGUUUUGUAGCGGAGCAGGUCUCUCCAAAUUCCCAAACUAUCGAUCAAUCAGCUGUGAUGAAUUUAAGCCUGAGAUCGAUCGUUUCGCCCUCUUUGAACUGCGAUUCGAGUGCUUCUUUGAAUAAAAGUCACGAUUUGGCUAGAGAAGAUUCGAGAAAUUCCAGCUUCGAUUCUUUUCAGGUUGUCAGUAAUUGCAAGGAGAGAGAAGAUACAUUAGACUCUAAGAUAUCCAAGGAAUGCGAACAACUAACGUACCCUGAAAGUCUGGUGACAAAGAUUCCUAAUCUUCAUGCUUACGAAAGUGGAAAUUCUUCGCACGAUGAAAAGUCUGUUUCACAGGAGACUUUAGAGAAUUGCGAAUGCGUUGAAAAAAGCAGGAAAAAUUGUUCUGGCCGCGUAGAAAAUAUGAUGGAAAAUAAUUCGAACAGAGAAAACACGGAUGUGAAAAUGUUGUGCGACCAAGAACUUUGCAGAAAAAUACCUCACGCCAAAAGACCUUGGAUAAAUCAGCAAAAACCUUCUACAGUAUUGAAUGAGCUGCGCUUUUUGUCUUCUUUUAAAAAGAAUUUUAUACCUGUAGAAACCGAGCCUGUCGUUUCGAUAGAAAAUAAUAAAGGGGUACAGGACGGAGUCAUGAAAAAGUGUAGCGACGCUAAUGCGGAGUUGUUGCGCAAUAGUUUUAAAAAGAUUUUGCCGAUAAAAAGGUCGCACGCCGAUCAGAUGGAUGAGAUUGAUUCGUUACCGACUAAGAAACUCAUUCUCAGUCACUCCGAUAUGUAAUCUGAAAAGAAAAGACUGAGUAUUGUUUAAGUUUUGAGCCAAAGAAACAGCGGGUGAAAACUAAGUACAAAGUAUCGAUCACAAUGGAAAUACCGAACCGAUUUUAAUCAGAUCAAACGAAUUGUUCGUUUGACGAUCGGUUCUGUGUCAAAACGAAAAAAAUGAAAAGAAAAAAAGAAUUCUUCUCAUUUACUACAUUGACUUAAAACCUUUUGAAAAUAAGAACUGAUUAUUAAGUUUCAUUCUGUGAUCGAUACCGUAUUAUUAAUAUUCAAUAGAUCUAAGCGAUGUAACGAUACUUAAAGUUAUCGAUAUUUUUAUACUGUAACAAUACCAUGUAAACAUAUCAGUUAUUACGAGUGAUAUCGGUACUGAAGUUCCUAAUCUUGAUAUAAACACGUCAAAGAUUAUCAAGAAGACAUUAUACAUGUAUUUAAUUUUUGUUUUGUUUGUUUUCGUUUCUUCAAUGGUAAUUAAUUUU